AUGUACCAUAUCCGCUUUCUCAAAGUCCCGUACAUAGUCCCACCUCCUUCAAAUACACAGCAGUCAUCCUCCAAGACCCCGAAAGCAAAUGCAGGAGAAAUCACAGUCUCUACAAAGAUAACUCUGACGACAGAGCUCGGCGAGAACUUCUUCUACGGCUCUGUUCCUGUCCGCGCUGAGAUCGCAUAUCGACAAAAUGCAAAUAGCAGUGUGAAAAAACGGAAAAGAGCGGGAUCGUCAAAAGACAAAGCAAGCAGCAUCUUGCUCGGAGAGACCACAGCUUUGUGGAAAAAUGGCAUGCGAGCGCUGCAGCUCGACAUUUCGAUUCCUCGAAAAGUAGUCGAGGAGCUCGCCGCGGACAACGUACAGAUCUUUGAGAGGGUGUUUAUAAACGCUACAGAUGCUGCUGAUGAAUGUCCGUUGUUUUUCGAGAGUGACGAUGUGCCGCUACCACCGACUUUCUUCGAGAUCGAGAGCAUGCCUUUUAGAUUUGGCCAGAACGAUGCUGGAUCUACGCCGAAGCAAAAGCCAGCAGUUACUAUUUCCUACAAGAACGACGAUUCGCUUUACGUCAAGAGACAUGUCGAGAUGGGGCAGAGUGGUACACUGACACUAGCAGAAGAGAUCGGAGAUAGCAUGGCUAAACAUUUAUGGGACUCGGGCAUAUUUCUCUGCAGCUAUCUACGAGCAUCCAAAGCAAACCAGGAAGAGUUUAUCUCACAACUGAUCACAGACACCGAUCGAAAACAGCAGAUACUUGAGAUUGGGUGUGGAUGCGGUACUGUUGGCAUCGCGCUCAGCAAACUGGUCAAAAACAGUCGCGUGCUCCUCACAGAUCUGGACUCUGCGAAGGAGGUAGCAGAGCGAAAUAUUGUCUUGAACCAGGACAGAUCGUUGACACCGGUGGAAUUUCUGCCGUUUGAUUGGGAUACGUCGCAGAACGACGAGCAACAGAAUGCCGCCGUGCUCGAUACGCAGUGGGAUAUCGUGGUCGCCUGCGACUGCACGUAUAACCCGGACAGCUUUACAUCUCUGACGGAUGUCUUGAAGAGACUGAUUGGUGCAGAUACUAAACUACUGCUUGUGCACAAAGAGCGGCACGGGAGCGAGAACACAGUGUUUGAGAUGCUGGAGCAGAAGAACGUACUGAAGCUGCAGUGGCGCCAACUACUCGAGCCCACUGCGGUCAAAUCCCGGGUCGACAUACUUGUACAUCAGAGUUAAUGCAGAAUACAUGAAGUAUUCAACGAUUGUAGAAAUGCAGGUAAAUACACGGAUUCGAUGAGGGUAACUUCAGGGUUCGGG